AUGAAGGUUCUACUAAUAGUGGUAGCGUUAGGCUCGGUUUCAGCACGAGGGUCCGGACCUUAUUUACCAAGUGGUUGGAGACCUGAUGGCCCAGCUUUUGAUCUACCCACAAAACAGAGGCCUGAAAAUCCAUUUAGGGAUCUUAUUUUGCAAGGGUCAGAAGCGUCAGGAUCUGACGCUCUUCGAGAAUAUGGCCCUCCAAAGCUAUCUCAAGAUUUAAUUCAACAAUCUCUUCCUAAUGAGAUAAUUGAACAAACUUUUGCUAGCCAACAACAAUUCGACGUUGAAAAAAAAAUAGAAAAACUGCAAGACCAACCUCAAGUUACUACAGAAGAACAAGUUGAAACAACGACGUUAGAAGCUGAAAAUCCCAUAGUUACUUAUCAAGAUUAUGUAACGGAAGCUCUGGCCUUUGAAUAUACAGGUGACAUAACAGAAGCACCGUUAAGUCAAAACAUCGAAAGUUCGGUAACUGUAGAAGAUAAAAAACAGGAAAUCGUAACACUACCUGAAUUAUUAAGCCCUAGUCUAUCUUCUGUUGAAAUAGAAUUAGAACAGACUGUGCAACAACUUGUGCAGAACGUUGAGCAAGCUGUUGAAAAGGUAAUAGAAGAAGAAGAUGUUAGCAUUGUUCAAAAUAAUGAAAAGGAAAGAAUAAACCUAGAAACAAACGACAAUGCUAAGAUUAAAAGUGAAGAUGAACAUUUUAUAAAUAAAGGUAUCAAACAGGAUAUUGAAAAAUACGUUAAGAACGUAGAGAAGGAAGCUAUAAAUGCAGAACAGAGUAAAGAACAGAUCGUACAAAACAUACCAGAUAUCCUUAACAAUGUGGAUAACGAAAUUACACAACAGGUUGCAGGAAAUAGCGACAAAAGCGAAACCAAUAUUUCAGUGCAAGAACUUUCUUGGUCUUCAGGACAAGUACCAGAAGGUUUUCUUGAGUAUGGUCCGCCCGGUUUUCAGGAGUACGGACCACCUAAAGAAAAUUUAGCGAUUGGUGCAAUUGAAGAGCUACCUGAUGCUGAGGCUAUUCAAAGAAUUAACGAAAGCAGACGACGACGCUUUUCACCAAAAUUCGGCCAGCAAUAA